GGUUUGUCGUGCUGAACUUCACAAAAAGAAGACUCGCGUGAAAAAGUCAAGAGUGGAAUGAUCGACGGUGGCGUGAUGUUUAGUGAGUUAUUUUAGGAAAAAUAUUGCAUUGGUAUUCGGAAAAAGUGCGCUGCUGUGGAUUUUUUCGUCUAUCAUUCGGAAUAUUGGCCAAAGUCGAAAAAUCGCUAACCGUUGAUCAUGCCUGCUGGCAAGAAAAACGUCCAGGGAUCUAACAACUCCACAACAUUUGCAAAACAGGCAGCUCUUCAAACUAACAAGACGGAAAAUAAUCUUACUCAUAAAUCAACCCCGCGUAACGAUGUAUUGUUGGAAAGUUUAACCAAAGAACAGUUGAAGGCCGAGUGUCGAAAGCGUGGACGGAAGACCAGUGGAAAUAAGGCGGAUUUGUUACAGAGACUGGGAUACAACAAAAUGCAACGCACUAACACCGAACAACUGCAUAGGACGGAAACAGAGCCUAAUGGUGCAACAUUUAAAACCCCUCCAAAGACAAACGCAAAUCAAGCAAAAACAAAUAGUUUAGUAAUUUGGAAAUCUCCUAUUCUCACUACAAAAUAUGCCAUCUUGGAGAUCAUUUCCUUGCUACAAUGUUACGGAAAACGGUUAAUCCAGCAACGGAAGCUGAUGGUAGCGUUAGCCACGUUAAUAAUAGUUGUUACGACGCUUUGUCUCGUUCCUGGUAGUCACCAACAAAUUAUCAAACUAGUGAAAUCAAAGGGAAUUUUCAUCAUCUACUGGACUGGCCUGGGCGUGCUAUCAUCAGUGGGCCUCGGCACGGGAUUACAUACAUUCUUACUGUAUUUAGGACCGCAUAUUGCUAGCGUCACCUUAGCCGCUUACGAAUGCAAUUCUCUCGAUUUUCCAGAACCUCCUUAUCCAAACGAAAUUGUAUGCCCAGAAGAAGAGGUCAUAUCUACUGCGUAUCCAUCCAUGUGGGCAAUCAUGUCCAAAGUUCGAUUCGAGGCGUUCCUCUGGGGUGCUGGUACUGCUCUCGGGGAACUGCCUCCCUAUUUCAUGGCCAAGGCUUCCCGGCUUUCGGGAGCCGAGCAUGAAGAUUUUGACGACAUCAAAGAGUUAGAGGACCGGAAAAAGCACGGCGACAAGUUGAAUCUGUUUGAGCGCGGCAAAUUAGCGAUGGAAAAGUUUGUCGAGAAAGUUGGAUUUCUCGGAAUUCUUCUGUGUGCAAGCAUUCCAAACCCACUGUUCGAUCUCGCUGGGAUCACCUGUGGUCACUUCCUGGUGCCAUUCUGGACGUUUUUCGGGGCGACAUUGAUCGGGAAGGCCAUUGUCAAGAUGCACAUACAGAAAAUAUUCGUCAUCAUCGCUUUCAACGAAAUUCUCGUGGAAAAAGCCGUUGACUUCAUGGCUCUAGUGCCCGUAAUAGGAAAGAAACUGCAAAUGCCAUUCAAAGCAUUCCUCCAAAACCAAAAGGAUAGAUUACAUAGAGGAACAUCCAAAGUAGCGCAUAGUUCACCUAACAUUAUUCAAAAUUUGUUUGAAUACUUUGUUAUAUUUAUGGUUCUAUUCUUCGUUUCCUCCAUCUUUAAUUCUCUUGCUCAAAGCUAUCAGAAAAAGUUGAAUAGUCAAAAGAAAAACAAAAGGUCAUAAGUAAGUAAAAAAAUUCUAGGGCAUAAUUUAUGUAGAUAAUGUAAAUACGCGGGAAUGAAAUCCAAAUAAACGUUACUUUGGUUUUACGAAAAGUA